GCGCCCUCGGAGUUCUUCCCCGCCGGAAUAUCCGUUGUAGGCGGAAGAUUUUUCAUUCCACAACUGACAGAAAUGGAGGGUCUGAACUCUUCUUGAACUAGGUCAAGAAAAACCAUACAGCAGUGUUUAAGACCUACUUCAGAGCUUCAUUACUUGAAGGUAUCUAUUGGCAAAAUUCUUCAAACUGUAAGCCAGGAUGAUUCUGUCUUCAUUGAAAGGCAUUGGGAAGAAACUUCUGAGAGUGAAGGUUGUGGACAGUAGCAUAGAGGAGUCCCGCUUGGCUCGAUGUCUUAACACGUUUGACCUGGUGGCCCUGGGUGUCGGCAGCACACUCGGUGCUGGAGUCUACGUGCUCGCUGGUGCCGUAGCCCGAGAAAAUUCAGGACCCGCCAUUGUCAUCUCCUUCCUCAUCGCUGCCAUGGCUUCAGUCUUGGCUGGUCUGUGCUACGCCGAGUUUGGAGCCCGUGUUCCCAAAACUGGCUCGGCUUACCUCUACAGCUAUGUUACGGUUGGAGAACUAUGGGCAUUUAUCACCGGCUGGAACCUCAUUCUCGCUUAUGUCAUUGGAACUUCGAGCGUGGCCAGGGCAUGGAGCGCAACCUUUGAUGAGCUUAUUGGAAGGAAGAUUGAGCUGGUUUGCAGACAAUACAUGACCAUGAAAGCCCCGGGAGUCUUGGCAGAAUAUCCAGACAUAUUUGCCGUCGUAAUCAUAAUCAUUCUGACAGGGCUGCUUGCAUUUGGUGUAAAAGAGUCAGCUGUGGUAAACAAAGUGUUCACCUGCAUCAAUGUACUGGUGCUGGUGUUUGUAGUCAUCUCUGGCUUAGUUAAAGGAAACAAAGAAAACUGGAACCUGAACCCUGAAAAGAUCCUUAAUGCCACCAGAAACUCUACUUCUAAUGUGUCCAAUUUCAUCCCAAAUGAGGAUGUUCUCGGUACUGGUGGUUUCAUGCCCUUCGGUUGGACUGGAGUCCUUUCUGGUGCAGCAACCUGUUUUUAUGCCUUCAUAGGGUUUGACUGCAUUGCCACUACAGGAGAAGAAGUAAAGAAUCCACAGAGGGCCAUUCCUGUUGGCAUUGUGGCCUCUCUCCUCAUUUGCUUUGUGGCAUACUUUGGUGUAUCUGCAGCCCUCACUGUGAUGAUGCCUUACUACAUGCUGGACAAGAGCAGCCCUCUUCCUGUGGCUUUUAAGUAUGUGGGCUGGGAGGGAGCCACUUACGCAGUGGCCAUUGGCUCUUUAUGUGCACUGUCGACUAGUUUACUAGGCUCCAUGUUCCCAAUGCCCAGAGUGAUCUGGGCCAUGGCAGAAGAUGGCCUGCUCUUCAAAUGCUUGGCUAAAGUCAGCGCACGAACCAAAACCCCUCUAAUAGCAACAAUAACAUCAGGUCUUGCGGCAGCGGUGAUGGCAUUCCUCUUUGACUUGAAGGACCUGGUUGACCUCAUGUCCAUUGGGACUUUGCUGGCUUAUACUCUGGUGGCAGCUUGUGUGCUGGUCCUCAGGUACCAGCCUUUACAGCCCAGUGCAGCCUAUGAGAUGGCCAAUACCCAGGAUGAGCCUGAAAUUACAUAUAGUGACGGGAGCGUUGAUAUUUUAUCACAACCUGAAGAUCGCUUUACUUUCAAAAAACUUAUUAACCCUCCAAACACUGAGCCAUCAUCUCUCUCUGGACUCAUCGUCAACAUCUGCACCAGUAUACUUGGUGUUUUGGUGUGUCUCUUCAGUGUUGUAGCUUCUCAGGGAGGGUAUGCACACUGGUCUCUGACUGCCCUCGGUGUUAUAGUGGCUGUCUGCCUGGUUCUAAUCAUUAUUAUAUGGAGACAGCCACAGAGCAAAACCAACCUUGCCUUCAAAGUCCCAUUGGUGCCACUGGUGCCGAUCAUUAGCAUGUUUGUGAACGUGUACCUGAUGAUGCAGCUCGACAAAGGAACGUGGUUGCGUUUUGCCAUCUGGAUGACCAUAGGUUUUACCAUCUACUUUGGCUAUGGUAUACGCAACAGUGCAGAGGCGGCGUUAGCCAAGUGUGACAAUUACGAAGAUAGCUGCACAAUAAAGGAAGAGGCCAUGCCAACAGAGAAGGAAGCCUUCUUACACAAUACACAAAACUCCACCCGAGAAGAUGAAGAUGGUUUCUGAGGAGAUGGGAGGGUUUUUUAAAACAUUUAUUUAAAUAGUGGUACAGGAAAGAAGGCACAAGUAUGUUUCACGGAGCGGUAAGGACAACAUAACAAACAAAACAGCCCUUACCUAUUGUGAAAACGCCAAUCAACUAACAAAAUUAGACAAAUGAAAAGUUACAAACCUACAAUUCGCUAACAACUCAAAGAAAAACGGAAAAAAAUGUUAAAAUUGCAUUUGCAGCUGUCCUCUACAAGUUUUCUGUGUCGAGGUUGGCACAGAACAAUGUCACAAAGGACCUAUCAACACAAGAUUAUCAAUUAAGCUAACAUAAAAUCUAACCUAAACAUAACGUAUUAUCAUGCAGUCAUGACAAUGAGCUUUAAAAUCCAAAACUUCCAAAGACCUUGAGUCCCUGCAGACCAUGCAAGUGCUCAGUCGUCAGCCAACGACAAGAAAGGUGAAAACAAGAGGAGCCGGUAAGAAGAAAGAGUCCAGAGACCAGAAGCUGGUACAGUAUAUUCUUUGCCCUGUUUUUUUCCAAAAAGAAUGUAACAUCUAUGCUGUGAAAUAGCCUUUAAGUUUUCUAAAAGAUUGGCUGCAAGUUCAGGAAACACAUGGAGACCUAGCCAAUUCUACUACUAGCCAAAAAUGGUGACUACUUGAUGAUUGUAAAAAGCCUAAUGAGAUUUAAUGGCUAAUUAGCCAAGUAUUUUUAAUUGAAGCAGUAUGAAAUUAUGUGAAAAAAAGAUUUGUCAUUUUUUUUUAUUGUUAUGUGCUUGGAAAGGAUCAGUUUCACAAAACAUAACAGAAUCUAUUGAUUCAAAAUGCUUUUGGUUUUACAAAAAUAUUAUCCAACCAUAAAAGCAUCUUCAUAAACUUCAUUUUGGGUUUUUAAAAGUAUAUUAGAAUGACCGCACAUCAGAUUUUCCAUGAAUGAUAUCACAUAUAAAGUUCAGAAUGUGUUACUGCUCACCUAGCUUCAAAGUGCUCGAUAUUUGUAGAUGUUGACUAUGUACAAAAAAGACGAGACUAAGACACUUUGACGAAGGUGAGAAUUUUAAUGUACCAUCAGUGCCUUUUGUGAGAAAGCUGUUAGUUGAGAAAUCCCUUAGUUGUAAAUUUACCUUUAAGAUGCAGUUUGGGGGGUUUAAGCGGUGUUUCUGUUACUGAAAACAAUACAAGUCACAGGUCUUUGGAUGUCUUGUACAUUGAAUGUAUAACUCAUAGAAACUCAACAUGGUGCUAACAGUAGCAUUCUCAGUGCAUCCAUGUGUUUGCAGGUCUUCCUGAUUGAUGGUACCAACUGCUAAUUUUACCAGAGUACCAAUGCUAUCUCUGGGAAUUUGUACUUUUUACACAAAGAAAAAAAGCUGCUUAUUUUAAUUGAGUUUAUAUUUUAAAGUGCCUAUUCCCCAAAUGAAUUUUUAAAGAUAGGAUAUUCCUCUAUCACGAUUUGCCUUUGUGAAAUACUUUAUAUAUAAAACAAAAUGUUUAAACGAAGAUUUUAAAAAAUCAUAUAUUUAUAACUACAUGAAACCCAAGUGGAUCCUUUUAACUUUAUAAUUCACACAUACCUGAUAGGUUGAAAUACAAUCAGUUUGUGAUUAUUGCACACCUGUAGUUUACAUGGUGAUAUAACACUUCUUUUGUUCACUUUUAUUUUGAAAUGCCAAAACCUACACUGUAUGUUUAGAAACACAAAAAUGGUGUAGGUCAAGCAGUAGAGUGUGUGUAUGUGUGUGUGUGUGUGUGUGUGCAGAUCUAUGGCGCAGCUAAAACUGAAGUACAACACAGUUUGUAUGUCAACAAAGGUCUGGAAAUGCAACUACGUGAAAAAUCUCUUCACUCAGUCCGUUUUCAAAUGCUAAUAUAUAUUCAGCAGUAAAUAGGUGAUGGCAAUGACACUGUGAGACAAUUUAUUUCAGCUUAUGGUCCUUUUGAGGGAAUCUAAGUCCGUUGGAUUUAACUUGAUCAUGCGUCAGAAUAAUUUCUGUAGUUUUUUAAUAGUUCCUAUAGAUUGUUUUUGCUGGAGUGGCAUAACAAUUUUUAAACCCUCACCUUGUAAAUAAAUGUUUGUGCUCCAGAAUGUAACAGGCGUUGUUUACCUGGCUGUUUCUAAAUCGGUAAGAUAUCAGCACAUGUUAUUUUGAAACGAUGCAUUAUUGUUAAAAUGUUUUCUGCAUUUGAACGCCGUCUUUGUAAAUACAUUUCUUUUGAUCAUACUUGAGUUACUGACUGUAUGUAAUGUUUAUGGGAGUGCUGUACUUGCUGUGGUUACAUGUCAAAAGGUCACAUCAUGCUUCAUCUGUGCUUUGCAUGCUGCAUAAAUGCAUUUUAUAGUGUUGAUAUGUGAUAAUGUUCAGUGUACUGUGGGGGGAAGGCACACUGUUCACUAUAUGUUGUUGUCAUAUUGGUUAUGGUUUGUAUAGUUCUCGAUGUAAAUAAAUAAUCCUGAAAGCUAAA